AUGCUCCCAUACGACCAAGUGUCUCGAAUAGACUCUGCCGAGGAAGUCCUCCUCACUGCCUUCUCGUUGCGAAUGUGUUUUCCCACCAAAGUGAAGGGACGAAUAGCCGAUAUCUGGGCCUAUGAUCGGCCUAUCGAUCCAAAUCCAGCUGACGAGAACUGCGGACCGGAAUAUGGAUUCGAAUUACCUUUAGCAGAUCAGCGCCUGUUGUGGAUUGCUCGACCACGUCCAAUUAAUUCGGAAGAUUUCUACAAUUUCACCCAAUUCACAAUCGGAUUGAACGAGUUCACACCCAGUUUGCGCUCCGCCCGAUUCCACCAACGUUCGCCUAAGAAAGCUUCAUCGCGUGAAUCGGGGGACCCGUUGAUUAACGGAACGAUUGAUCACACCAAAAUGACAACUGUUGGUGGUCCGUUUCUACCACCCAGUGACAGUCGUUUUCGACCGGAUAUUCGUGCAUUGGAACAGGGUAAUAUAGACACCGCUGCGCUAGAAAAAACGCGAUUGGAAGAGAAACAACGUCAUGUGCGCAAACUGACCGUUUCACAACAGUCACGACCCCGCUCUAGUCAAUCUACUGGAGGGCUGUCCAAUAAUACCCAACAAAGCUUAGCCUCAAAUAACUUGAGCAGUCGAAGCAAAGGAAGUGAAACCAGUUUACUGCUGCCCCAUCAUCCACGCGCAAAACCAACUCGUUCCCGAUCCAGUAUUGCUCCUCCAUUGAUUGUCGGUCCUGUAUGGUUUCAUCUAGGCUACACGGAAGCCACGAAACAAGAGGAGUGGAAAUUCACUGGUGACUACUGGUCUCGAGAUUGGUCCCGAUGUCCAGAUCUGUACUAA